AAUAUGUGUAAGCGCGAAUGCGAAAAUAGCGCUGGUUGCAGUCUUUCAAGUGCAUCACUACUUCCUGCACCGUAUUUUGCAUUUGAUUCCUCCACGCCGUAUAGUAAUAAUUCACGAUGAUUCCCUCACUGGUGGCGCAACUACGCGUUGUAUUCCGGAAGUCAACUCUGCAAAGCGCACGACAUUAUGCAACUGAGGCCAAAUUUGAAACAAAGCCAUUCAAGCUCCAUAACCUGACGACCGGGCCACCAACCUCUAUGACGGUAUCAAAGGAUGAAGCAAUCACCUUCUACAAGGAGAUGCAAACGAUAAGACGAAUAGAAACCGCCGCUGGAAACCUGUACAAAGAGAAGAUAGUGCGAGGUUUUUGCCAUCUUUACUCGGGACAGGAAGCAUGUGCUGUGGGUAUGAAAUCCGCGAUGCGACCCCAGGAUAACAUCAUCUCUGCGUACCGCGUGCACGGAUGGACCUAUUUGAUGGGCGUCAGUCCCAAGACUGUUCUGUCCGAGUUGACCGGAAAGCAAGGUGGUUGCGCUAGAGGAAAGGGUGGGUCAAUGCACAUGUAUGCGCCAAACUUCUACGGCGGAAACGGAAUCGUUGGGGCACAGGUUCCUCUUGGGGCUGGCGUGGCGCUUGCCUGUCAGUACAAGGGAAAUAACGGAGUUUGCCUUGCGCUGUAUGGAGACGGUGCUGCCAAUCAGGGACAAGUGUUUGAAUCGUACAACAUGGCGUAUCUUUGGAAGCUUCCUUGUAUCUUCGUUUGUGAGAAUAAUGGAUAUGGCAUGGGAACAAGCGCCGAGCGGGCUUCCUGCAACACGAAUUACUUCGAACGGGGAGACGUUCUGCCGGGAAUCUGGGUCGAUGGAAUGGAUGUUGUGGCGGUCAAACUGGCAACCCAAUUCGUGAUCGAUUAUGUACUGAAAAAUGGUCCGGUUGUGAUGGAAGUCUGUACCUACAGAUACUCUGGCCAUUCCAUGUCCGAUCCUGGAACAAGUUACCGGACGCGUGAUGAAGUACAAGAGGUGCGUCAGUCAAGAGAUCCGAUUACUUCCUUCAAGGAUAAGAUAAUCAACGCGGGACUGGUUACCGCAGAAGAAAUAAAAAAACUUGAUGCCACGAUCAAGAAACAAGUGGAUGAGGCCACAAACGCUGCGAAAAGUGAUUCCGAGAUCGGACUGACUGAGUUGAGCACAGAUGUGUACGCCAAGAAUCUCCAGGGCGACAUUAGAGGAUCCUCACCCAGUUCAUGGCUCAAACAUAGCUCGUUGAAUCAUGCCGUGAAUCUUUAGGACCGUAAUCAAUUGUGUAAAGAGAUUGAAAUUGCUUUAAAUAUGGAUGCUUAGAUACAGUGUAAUAUAUAUUUCUAUAGAAGUAUAUAUCACAUUAUUCACA